AUGUGCCAAGCAGCUGGCUCGUGCCUGGGCGGGCAGGGAAGGGUGCAGUUUGGCUUCUGGCUGCUGCGUUAUGUCUGCACAUUCAUGCUCUUCAUCCUGGGCAUGAAGGCCCCGGGGCUGCCCCACAAGCCCUACAUGCUGCUGAUCAACGAGGAGGAGCGGGACGUGGAGAACAGCCAGGCGAUGAACGAGCUGACGGAGGGCGCUCCCUGGCACACCCUGGCCUGGACUGUUUGCAUCUACGUGGGGCUGAAGUUCCUGCAGGGCGGAGGUGCUGGCUCCACCGGCUUCGUCAGCAACCUGCGCACCUUCCUGUGGGUGUGGGUGCAGCAGUUCACCAACCGGCAGGUCCAGGUGCAGCUCUUCGCCCACCUGCACGGGCUGUCCCUGCGCUGGCACCUGGGGCUCUUCAUCACCGAGUGGAGGUCCAGGUUCCGGCGGGACAUGAACGCACGGGACAACGAGGCCAAGUCCCGGGCUGUGGACUCGCUCCUCAACUUCGAGACGGUGAAGUACUACAACGCGGAGAGCUACGAGGUGAACCGCUUUAACGAUGCCAUCGUCAAGUACCAGGUCUCGGAGUGGAAGGCCAAUGCCUCACUGGGCCUCCUCAACCAGACCCAGAACCUGGUCAUCGGCCUGGGGCUGCUGGCGGGGUCCCUGCUCUGCGCCUACUUUGUCACCGAAGACAAGCUGCAGGUGGGGGACUUUGUCCUCUUUGGCACCUACAUCAUCCAGCUCUACACGCCGCUCAACUGGUUCGGGACUUACUACAGGAUGAUCCAGAACUGCUUUGUGGACAUGGAGAACAUGUUCGAGCUCUUCAACGAGGAGCAGGAGGUGAAGGACGCAGUGAACGCUGGUGACCUGCGCUUGGAGGCCGGGCGGAUCGAGUUUGAGAACGUGCACUUCAGCUACGUGGAUGGGAAGGAAAUCCUGCAGGACGUCUCCUUCUCUGUGAUGCCUGGGCAGACCCUGGCCCUGGUGGGACCUUCGGGCUCGGGGAAGAGCACCAUCAUCCGCCUGCUCUUCCGCUUCUACGACGUGCGGGGCGGCUGCAUCCGCAUCGACGGGCAGGACAUCACCCAGGUGAAGCAGGCAUCGCUGCGUGCCCACAUCGGCGUGGUGCCCCAGGACACGGUGCUCUUCAACGACACCAUCGCCAACAACAUCCGCUACGGACGGAUCCUGGCCACUGACCAGGAGGUGCAGGAGGCAGCCCAGGCUGCUGACAUCCACAGCCGCAUCCUUUCCUUCCCCGACGGGUACAACACCCAGGUGGGGGAGAGGGGGCUGAAGCUGAGCGGGGGGGAGAAGCAGCGCGUCGCCAUCGCACGCACCAUCCUGAAGGGUCCCCGCAUCAUCCUGCUGGAUGAGGCCACGUCCGCACUCGACACGGAGACCGAGAGGAACAUCCAGGCCUCCCUGGCCAAGGUCUGCGCCCACCGCACCACCAUCGUUGUUGCACAUAGGCUCUCCACCGUGGUGGGCGCAGACCAGAUCCUGGUGCUCAAGGACGGGCGCAUUGUGGAGCGAGGGAGGCACGAGGAGCUGCUGCAGAAGGGUGGCGUGUAUGCUGGCAUGUGGCUGCGGGCCCAGGCCCCCGUGCUGCCAUGA